GUAUUUACGACCAAAGUAAAACAUUCCCAUAAAUACAAACUAGAUCCUUUUUCUUAAACCCUUUUCAGCUCGAUUGGGAAAAACCCUAGCCCCUUUUUGUUUCUCUCUCCACUUUCAUUCGUCAUUCUCCAGCAGCCAUGACAGGGGAAGCAGUGAACCCUAAAGCAUACCCAUUGGCGGACGCCCAGUUAACAAUAACAAUUAUGGACCUUGUUCAGCAAGCUGCCAACUACAAACAGCUAAAAAAGGGUGCUAAUGAAGCUACAAAAACGUUGAAUAGAGGUAUUGCUGAGUUUGUGGUGAUGGCUGCUGAUACUGAGCCCUUGGAGAUUCUCCUUCACCUUCCUUUGUUGGCUGAAGACAAGAAUGUUCCUUACGUAUUCGUGCCCUCUAAACAAGCCCUUGGUCGAGCAUGUGGAGUUACAAGACCAGUAAUUGCCUGUUCAGUGACCUCCAAUGAAGGAAGCCAAUUGAAAUCACAAAUUCAACAGCUCAAGGAUGCAAUCGAGAAGCUGUUGAUUUGAGGAAGAGUCGUUGGAUGCCUGUUCGGAGUGAUAGGCCUCUUGGAUUGUAAAAGUCCUACUCCUUGGAGGCUUUGACUGAUGAAGUUGUUGUGCCACUAGGGACGAGGAUGUCUCGACUUUUCUUUUCUUUUUUUUUUUUCUCCCCUUUUUUCGAUAUUGGUAAUGGUCAUGGAUCUGUGUUUUUUGAAAUGGAGACUCUUGAAAAAUUUAAACUAUGAUGUGAGAUUAAUUUAGUUUAGUUCAUUGUUGGUGGUAUCUGGAUAUCUAUAGAAACCUGGUGAUUUGUUUUUGGUUUCC